UGAUUGAGGAGCAAUUCCUGUCUUCAGCCUUUUCAUAAAAUAUUGAAUUACAGCUGAAGGAAGUUUGCAUGCCUGCCUUUUGAGAACACAACAUGGCAGUCAACUUCUCUGAAUGUGAGAAGUUUCAGAUUGGCCUGCUUCCUGCCAUGUAUGGAGUUGAGUUUGCUGUUGCCUUGGUAGGAAACACAUUUGCACUGUGGCUGCUGCUCAUCAGAGAAAAACGCAACUGGCACUCCGGUGUUGUCCUCUCCUGUAACCUGGCCAUCAGUGACCUGCUGUACGUCCUCACCCUGCCUCUGCUGAUUGUCUACUACGCACUGGGGAAACACUGGGUGUUCGGCGAGGCCGUGUGUAAAAUCGAGAGGUUCCUUUUCACCUGCAACUUGUAUGUGAGCAUUUUCUUCAUCAUGACAAUAAGCGUGAACCGCUGCGUGAGCAUCGUGUGCCCUUUCUUCACCCGCUCAUAUGUGGAACCUUUCCAUGUCAAAGUCAUCAGUGCCGUCUUAUGGAUUACUGUUGGAGUCUUCUCCAGCCCUGUGUUGAAGUUUGCUUCUCUUUGUACACACAGUUACGAUAACAACACGUUAUGUGUGACUUUCUGUUACAGAAAAUCUAACGAGACAUCUGACUUUAUCUACAAAGUGUUCCUUGCUGUUUUUGGCUGUCUUGUUCCUUUCAUAGUAACUUUCACUUCUUACUGUGUGUUGUUUCGGGUUGUGUGGAAAAAUGCCAACAUAACGACACUGGAAAAGCGUAAAGUUGCCUUGUUAGUCUUAUCAGUGAUUGUCCUCUAUGCUGUUUCCUUUGUGCCCUACCAUUUCUACCAAGUCUAUCAUGUGUAUUUGAGGAAACAUAACCCCCAAAACACAAACUGUUGGGUCUACAAUAUGUACCAAGUGUCCAAGGGACUGGCAACGCUGAACAUGUGUAUCCAUCCGAUACUCUACAUGGCUGUGUUUGACAGUAUUAGAGUAGCAUGCUGUGGAAAGAGUUCAGAGGACAACACAGAAGGAUGAGGAAGUAGAGCCUAGUUCCAGACUAAACAUGACUUUGCUGCAUGUAUCUUUGUAAAAUGCAUCCAUGUCACAGCUCUGUGCUAAAUACAUUUAAUCACAUCUGUUUGUAAUAAAGAUUUUUCUU